AUCUGUCGCCUCGUCCCAUCGCCUUCCUCAGCGGCGCUGCGUCUUUACCGAUGGUCCUCCCUUCAGCGGCCGCUCGGCAGUCCAACUGAAUUCGCGUUUUCUAUCAUCCCCAACGCCGAUGGUGGCUAUUGGAUGUCCAUGGCUGGUUCUCGUCUCUCCCCAUGAAUCGGUCGCGGUUUUGUUCGAUGGCCUUUGUGGUGCUUCAGGGUUGCUGGGAAGGGGUGGUUCAGGGGAUGGUUGGGGGUGGCUCGGGCGGCUUGCGGCCUUUUACAACUCCCUCUCCGGUGAGAUUUCCCCGGAGUUUCUCUCCAACCUCACGAAUCUGCAGGUCCUGAACCUGGCGCACAACCUCGUGUCCGGUGAAAUCCCCGCUGGCAUUCCUGCGAGCGUGCGGGUGCUCGACCUGUCCUCUAACGCGCUCUCCGGCGGAAUCCCGGCCAACUUCACCGCCGCCCACCAGCUCCAGCUCAUAAAUCUCUCGUUCAACCGUUUCUCCGGCGAGAUCCCGGCGUCGAUCGGAGCACUUCAGCAGCUGCAGUACCUGUGGCUCGACGGAAACGAGCUUUACGGCACGAUUCCCUCGGCGAUCUCGAACUGUUCGUCGCUCGUCCACGUCAGCGCCGGAGAAAAUCUCAUCUCCGGCGUGGUCCCGGCGACCAUGGGCUCUCUCAGAAGCCUUCAGGUCAUUUCCCUGCCGAGCAACCAGCUAACCGGCGUCGUUUCACCAUCGUUACUCUGUAACAUUUCAGCAUUAAAUGCCACAAUUAGGAUUCUUAACUUGAGUUUUAAUGCGCUCACGGGUAUACAAAGCAAUGAUGGGGAAACGUGUACCAGUGUGUUGGAAAUCCUUGACCUUCACGGGAAUCAGAUCAAUGGCGUGUUCCCCAAUUUUCUGCUGAAUUUCACAACAUUAAGAGUAUUAGAUAUUUCCGGGAAUAAGAUAGCCGGAAUUUUGCCGGGCAAUGUCGGGAAUUUGGUUGUUCUUGAGGAGCUUAGAGUUGGGAACAACUCAUUAACCGGUGAAAUCCCUGCAAAUCUGACGAGAUGUGGGCGGCUGAGAGUUCUUGAUAUCGGGGAAAAUCAAUUUUCCGGCCCCAUACCGGAAUUUUUAGGGGAAAUGAAGAACUUAACGGCGUUAACUCUUGGUGGGAACUCGUUUUCUGGUUCAGUCCCAGCGAACAUAGGCAGUCUCUUUUCUUUAAAGUCUCUGGAUAUGAGUGAUAACAGGUUGAGUGGGGCUGUGCCUAUUGAACUAAUGAGGCUGGGCAAUCUGAGCACCCUAAUACUAAGCAACAACCAAUUUUCCGACCAAGUGUUGUUAAAUAUUGGUGAACUGAGAGGGUUAGAGGUUCUCAACAUGAGUGGCUGCGGGUUUUCGGGUGAGAUUCCUCCGGGCAUUGGUUAUCUCCUGAGGCUCAAAUCUCUUGAUUUGAGCAAACAAAACUUAUCGGGCGAGCUGCCCGUCGAGCUCUACGGGCUGCCGGGCUUACAAGUCGUGGCAUUGGAUGCAAAUUCAUUAUCUGGAGACUUGCCUGAAGGUUUUAGCAGCUUGUCCAGUUUGCAGUAUCUCAAUCUCUCGUCUAAUGCUUUCUCAGGUGAGAUUCCGAUUACUUACGGUUUCCUCAGAUCACUUAAUGUACUUUCUCUGUCCGGUAACCACCGUGUGAACGGCUCGAUUCCUGUGGAGCUUAGCAACUGUACCAGCCUCGAGGUUUUGGAAGCCAGAGAAAAUGAGUUGACGGGCCAAAUCUCGGUCGAUUUUUCGAAUAUGUCCAGUUUACGGAGGCUCGACCUGGGCCGGAAUAAUUUCACCGGUCCAAUCCCGGAAAGCAUCUUCCACUGCUCGGAUCUGGAUACUCUGUUACUCGAUUCGAAUCAUAUCUCGGGCCACAUUCCAGACACAUUACCGAACCUAACAAAACUUAGGGACCUUGAUCUCUCUUCAAAUAAUCUAACCGGUGUUAUUCCAUCAAAUCUUUCACUAAUCCCUGAUUUACAGCACCUGAACCUGUCUCGAAAUAAUCUCGAGGGCGAGAUUCCACCUUCUCUAGCAUCCCGUUUUGGCGAUCCUUCCAUUUAUAACACGAACAAGGACUUAUGCGGUAAACCGCUAAGGAAGAACUGCGCGAACAUUAGUCGACGUAAGAGAAAAAGGUUAAUUCUUUUCAUAGCCGUGGCUGUAUUCGGUAGCCUGAUGCUGCUCUUGUGCUGCUGUGGGUACGUGUACAGUCUGCUGAGGUGGCACGCGAAGAUCCGGGGAGCGUCCGGGGAGAAGAAGAAGCGGAGCCCGGUUUCAGGUUCGGCCCGGGGCAGCCGGGACAGUGGAGGGCCUCCAAGGCUCGUCAUGUUCAACAACAAGAUCACGUAUGCCGAAACCCUCGAGGCCACCAGGCAGUUUGACGAGGAGAACGUGCUGAGUAGGGGCAGAUUCGGGCUUAUGUUCAAGGCCACAUAUGGUGACGGCAUGGUGCUCGCCAUCCGCCGCCUUCCGGAUGCUUCCAUCGACGAGAACACAUUUCGGAAGGAGGCUGAGUCGCUCGGAAAGGUCAAACAUCGUAAUCUGACCGUUCUCCGGGGCUACUACGCAGGGCCGCCUCCCGAGACGCGGCUACUGGUCUACGACUACAUGCCGAACGGAAACCUCGGAACGCUCCUCCAAGAGGCGGCGCACCACGAAGGCCACGUGCUUAACUGGCCCAUGCGCCACCUCAUCGCCCUAGGCGUGGCCCGCGGGCUAGCAUAUUUGCACUCGGUUGGGAUCGUGCAUGGGGACGUGAAGCCUGGGAAUGUCCUGUUCGACGCGGAUUUCGAGGCCCAUGUAUCCGAUUUUGGGCUGGAUAGAGUCACGGCGGUGGUCGCCGCCACGUCAGCGGAGGCUUCUUCGUCGGCUGCUGGAACGCUGGGAUAUGUGGCGCCCGAGGUGGCGUUGAGCGGCGGCGGCCUGGUCAGCAAAGAGUCGGACGUGUACAGUUUCGGGAUUGUUGUGCUGGAGAUACUGACGGGGAAGAAGGCGGUGAUGUUCGGGGAGGAUGAGGAUAUUGUGAAGUGGGUGAAGAAGCAGCUGCAGAGAGGGCAAGUGAACGAGCUGCUUGAGCCGGGUUUGCUGGAGCUCGACCCGGAGUCAUCCGAGUGGGAGGAGUUUCUGCUUGGGAUAAAAGUUGGGCUGCUAUGCACUAUGCCCGACCCGUCAGAGAGGCCCACUAUGACGGACGUUCCCAGCCCGAUUCCAGUUCGGAUUUUACGGAAACAUGCAGUUGACCAGUCGAAAGUGGGCCUACUGGGCUGGUUGUCGCAUUGCAUGAUAGCAUUAAGAGGGCCGGGGCCCAUUUCGUCUGGGGUCCACAAGGCUGCUCAGUAA